GUUCCGCUGCCGGCCUGGACUGUUGCUCCGGUAUACCUCAUGAGCAAAGGAACAGACUCAAUAUAUGCUAUCCCGCAUUACUCCCCUUCACAGAUUGCUUUUUGGUUCUCUGGAGCCACAGAAAUCCACGCCGGUUUUGAUGGUCCUGCAGCUGUGCUGUCCAGGAAUUUUGACGCCAGAGGCGUUCCCUGUUGCCUGUGGCUGGGCAGGCCCGUGGUGCCCUCCCACGUCUGCAGGGACAUCGGCCUACGCCUCCUAGAUUUUCUUUCCCAGAUUCUGCCAGGGUAGCCACAGGCCUUCUUGCUCCCUGAGAUUGCUGUAGUUCUAUUACAUUUUGGAGGCAAAGAUGCCUGGGAAAAGGCCUCUAAAUUCAACUGUCAUUCGAAGUGCCAAAAGGGAACGAAAGGCAAUUACCCUCGACAUCAAAUUAGAAGUGUUAAGACGAUUCGAAGGAGGUGAGAAGCUCAGCCAGAUCGCAAAGGCCUUAGGCCUUGCUGUCUCCACAGUGGCGACCAUCCGAGAUAAUAAAGAAAAAAUUAAAGCGAGUUCACAAAUAGCUACGCCCUUGAGAGCCUCUCGGCUGACUCGCCACCGGAGUGCAGUGAUGGAGAACAUGGAGCGGUUAUUGAGCAUGUGGCUCGAAGAUCAGAGGCAGCGGAAUGUACCUCUGAGUGUCUCCAUCAUUCAGGAGAAGGCUAAGAGCUUGUUUGAUGACUUACAGCAUGAACAGGGCGAAAGCUCUCAAACUGAAAAGUUUAGUGCAAGUAAAGGGUGGUUUGUGAGGUUCAAGGAGCGCCACUGUUUACCCCACUUCAAGAUGAACAGCACUCCUCCCAGCAGCAACGUGGACACAUAUCCGGAAGUGCUGAAAAGCAUCAUCAAAGAAGGUGAGUACACCCCCCAGCAAGUUUUUAAUGUAGAUGAGACAGGGCUUUAUUGGAAGAGGAUGCCUGAAGGAACGUUUAUUUCUGUGGAGGAGAAAGCCGAGCCAGGGUUUAAAUCAUCCAAAGAUCGCUUGAUGCUGCUUCUUGGUGGCAAUGCGGCUGGGGACUUCAAAUUGAAGCCCCUGCUGGUGUACCACUCGGAAAACCCUUCAGCUCUGAAGGGGUACUCGAAGCCCAACCUUCCUGUGAUUUGGCGCUCAAACAAAAAGGCUUGGGCCACCAAGGGCAUCUUCCACGAAUGGUUCACAUACUUUUUUUGCCCUGCUGUUGAAAAAUACUGUGCUCAAAAUGAUCUCACCAACAAAGCACUGCUCAUCCUGGACAGUGCGCCAUGCCACCCAGUGAAUCUGAGCGAUCUGUCUGAUAAUGUAAGAGUAGAAUACCUUCAUGACAGUACAGCCGACAUAGUCCAGCCCAUGAGUCAAGGUGUGGCCUCCACCUUUAAAGCUCACUACCUGAAAAGGACUUUUGAGCACCUUCUGGAAACAACCGAUGGGGAGGAUAAGGCUACAGUCAGGGAGUUUUGGAGGAACUAUGACAUUAUGGAUGCUGUGGACAACAUUGCAGUAGCUUGGGAGGAGCUCAAACCAGCAACAAUGAACAGUGUGUGGAAGAAGAUUUGGCCUGAGUGUGUUCAGUUCCAGAGUUUUUCCCAAACAGAUAACAUUACACGGCUUCAACAAAACAUUGUGACCCUUGCCAAGAAUGUGACCUUUGAAGAGGUUGUAGAAGCUGACGUGGGCCAGUUGCUUCAGUCCCACGAAGAAGAUCUCUCAAAUGAGGAGCUAAUGCAGCUGGAACAGGAGUGGGCAGCAGGAGAGGAAGAGAGUGAAGAUGCUCCCCCUGCCCUUCGUCAGUUGACUACAGAAGCUUUGUCGGUGGCCUUCUCACAUUUUGAGGCCGGCUUGCAGAUCCUUACCAGUAACAGCCCUGACGAUGAGUGGAAAUCGAAAGUUUCAAGAGCAAUCAAUGAUGCAGUAAACUGCUAUAGGGAAUUGUACAAUGAGAAAAAGCGACGUUCAAAGCAGCUGUCUUAGGUCAUUUUUCAGUGCAUGUAACCAAAGGUUAAUCAAGGUAAAGCCAGAAGCAGCAAGCUGACCUCAAUAGAUGAGGCCCAGGCAAGUCUUUCUGCUUCCAGAAACCUUGUUUCUUGCAUUUUUCAUUUUGACCCUUGAGGGUGUUAAAUUUUGUCAUUAAACUUUCAUUUAAAUAUGUGUUUUAAAAAUAUUGCAUACAAGAAUAACCAGGAAAACAUUUUUAAACAGCUACAAGGGAGGGACUAACCCUGGUAGACAUUAAAACAUGCUCUGAAGCCCCUGUUGUGAAAGCAGGUGGUUCUGGUGCAUGAACAUUCAGACCUGAGGCACAGGAUAGGGAGUCCAGAAAUCAAGGCUGUACUAUAACGAUGACAUCUCAAAUCCCUGAGUAAAGGUGAAUUUUUUUAUAUCGGUGCACAGCUGGUUAGCCAUUUGGAAAAAGAUAAAAUUAGAACCAUACCUCACAGCAUCGUCCAAAUAGAUUAGGGAUCUACAGGUAAAUAGUGGAACCAUACAAGUGCUGGAAAACAUGGAUGAGUUCCUCUUUAACCUGGGUAUCAGGAAAGACUUUCCAAUUAUGACUUAAAAUCCAGAUGCAGUAAAAAAAGAUUAUCAAUUUGACUAUAUAAAAAUGAAAAAGAAAUAAAGCUUUUCCAUGGGAAACAAAACACAAACGAGGUCAAAAGACAAUUGAUAAAGUGGAAGAAAAUAAUUUGCAAGAUGUAUCACAGAUAUGUAAAGAACUCUUAAGGACUGAGAGGAAAAAAGACCAAAAACCCAAUAGAAAAAUGGGCAAGAGACAAAUAAUUCAUAAAUAAAUAAGGCUCUUAAACGUAUGAAAAGAUGUUCAACCUCACUUAUAAUCAGAAAAAAUGCAAAUUUAAAGGACAGAUACCAUUUCUUACCAGGUUAGCUGAUAACAGAAAGUGGAACAGCACCUUCUGUUGGUGAAGCCAUGGGUUAACAUUGCCUGUUGUUGCUGAUGGGAUGCAAAUUGGUACAACCCUAUAGAGGGGCAUUUGACACUAAUUAAAAAAAGAUAUCUUUUGACUCAGCAAUCCCAGUAUUAGGAUUGUGCCCGGAUGAUACACCUCCAACAAAAAAUAACGUGCACAAAGUUAUUCAGUGCAGCAUUGUUUGUAAUGGCAAAAAAUAGGAAACAGCUAAAUACUCAUCUAUAGAAGAGUGGUAUAAUAAGCAACGGUAAUUCCACAUACUGGGGUAUAAUGCAGGUGUAAAUAAUAAUAGUAGUAGUAAUGAUACUAGAAAGAGGAGGAACUCUAUGAACUGAUGUGGAGUUGUUUCCAAGUUAAACUGUUAAGUGAAAAAGGCAAUAUGCAAAGGGGUGUAGUAUUGCUACCUUUUGUAGAAAAUAAAGGUAAAAUAAGAAAAUGUGUGUAUCUUAUUCAUUUGUACAAAAUGAAGCACAGGAAGGAGAAACCAGAGACUAAUGUAGAUUCAUUGCGGGGUACAGGGGGAGAAGGAUGACACUUCUCUGAGCAUAGCUUUUGUAAAGUUAUGACUUUUGGAACCAUGUUAAUAUGUCAAACACAAAAAAUAAAAUACACGAGGAUGGGAGGAAAAAACCAUAAAAUGGACAUUACAUGAACCAUAUUUCAAAUAACCACAGAGAAGGGUGAGAAACCCUAAACCAAGUAAAUUUGAAACUCUGUAUUUUGACUAAGGAG